AUGCUUUCCCGCAACGCACUCCUGUUUCUCUCCUACCUCUCCGGGACCGUUCUGGCCUGGGAGGCACCCGCAUACGGUGGCUUGACACGGGUGUGGGAGUCCAACUUUGCAGGAGCCGCCGGAGCCGCACCCAGCAGCGGGAACUGGAACAUCAUCGAGGGAGACCUCGGCGUGAACAGCGAGCUCCAGAUAUAUACCUCGUCUUCGAAGAACGUCCAGUGCAGCGGUGGUGACACGCUCCAGCUCGUCCCGUGGAGGGACUCCUCGGCAGUCAAGGGGUGGACCUCCGGUCGGAUCGAAAGCAAGUACGUCUUUACGCCUCAGUCCGGGAAGCUCACGCGGGCUGAGGCGGCGAUACGAUUUGGCACAAACGCCGUCGGAAACAAGCAGGGCAUCUGGCCCGCCUUCUGGAUGCUCGGCAACUCCCUCCGCAACGGGGGCACAUGGCCUUCCUGCGGAGAGCUCGACAUCAUGGAGACCAUCAACGGACAGCUGACCGGGUACGGAACUGCCCACUGCGACAUCUCUGUUGGAGGCGUCUGUAAUGAGGGCACCGGGAUUGGCGGCAGCAUCACCAUCCCCGACCAGGGAUGGCAUACCUGGAGGAUCGACUUCGACCGCACAAAGAGCACCUGGCAGCAGGAGACUAUCACGUGGUACAUGGACGGCCAACAGUUCCACCAGAUCUCGGGCUCCGGCCUCAACAACCAGGGCGUGUGGAACACCUUGUGCCAUAGCCCCAUGUACUUUCUUCUCAAUGUCGCCGUCGGCGGCACUUGGCCUGGCUAUCCCAAUGAUAGCACGCUCGAUGGGUACGGCAGCAUGAUGGAAGUGGGCUAUGUUGCUCAAUACUCCAGCUAG